AUGAAACUGAGGCUUGUGCUCCUCCAGAUCGUUCCUACUGAUCUGAAUGACCUAUAUGAUUCCACAGAAGGCUGGCAACACAUGGACCUUGUUCAGAAACUGUCUCUGGUUUACAUUGGGAGCAUAUCUAUGCAGAUUCGUGAAGGGGAAUCCGGUCACUUGCAGGACGUUGUGAAGAACCUGAAGCGUUUGAAAGACUCGCAGUUUAGAAACGUCCUCAUAGUCGUCAGAGACAACACUCUACAGAUGUUGGUUGAUGAGGCCAUCAAAAUGGACUUGCUGACUCAGCACUUCUUCUGGGUUAUUUCCACUGAUUGGAUGUCCUCGGCAAGCGUUGCGUCACUUCCUAAGAAACGUAGUAAUAUCGUCGUGUUGACGAGGGCAACGAACACCUCGUGCCAACAGACGGGUGGGGGGUACAACUGUCAAACGAGCGGCCAGACGUGUGAAGAAAUAAACACCACUGAACGGAGAAUUGUGGUGGAUUUUAUCGAUGCCGUGACUAUUCUGGCAGCAGCUAUUAACAAAGCCACAGAAAACAUCACCUUGGGGGAUUUCCGUCAGUGCGGAAACGAUUCGCUGAGCAAUGGAAUAAAAAACAAUAUUACUCGUUAUUUGAGAAAGACAAAGUUCGAUGGUCUCACCGGAAGACUGCAGUUCGAUGACAGUGGGUACAUCAGUGAUGUAUCAUUUGACGUGCGAAGUACAUACGAAAAGGACGACGACGACCUUUACCCGGUUGGAACAUGGCGUCAAGGUCAAGGUCUGGAGCUGCUGGAUGAUCAUAUUUUCAAAAACACUUUCAGAGAUUUCAACAACAAAACGCUGUUGAUAGCGUCCCGGCCAGCCAUACCUUUUGUUGUGAAACGCGUGAUCAACAACGAGACCAUUUAUGUUGGCUUCUGUAUAGAAAUCCUCAAAGAACUCGCCGCAAGAUUUAAGUUCAAUUACGCGAUAGUGGAGCCCAAAGACAACGUGUGGGGAACCCCCGGAGCCACGCCCAACUCUACCUGGAAUGGAAUUGUGGGAAUGGUUCAACGUAAGGAGGUUCUGAUGGGCGUGGGUCCUAUCACGAUCACGUCCAUCAGGUCGGAGGUGGUGGACUUCACCAAGCCGUACAUGGAGGAGGGGAUCGGACUCAUCACCAAGAAGCCAGACGUCGAGUCGCAGAAGAUGUUCAAGAUGUACUCCCCGUUCGCGCCGAUCGUCUGGGGCUGUAUCGCGCUGUCCGUGUGUGUGGUGGGCCUCCUGCUCUACCUCGUCAACAGGUACAGCCCCUACUCCUCGCACAGGAAAGACGCCAACAGCCAGAGGAUGAGUCUGUACGCCAGCAUGUGGCUCAUAUAUGGGUCUUACAUGGAACAAGGCGGUGAGCCUCAUCCUCGCAGUAUCUCCAGCAGAUGCAUUCUGGGAUUCUGGUGGGUGUUCACAAUUCUAAUGGCAUCCACCUACACGGCUAACCUGGCUGCCUUCCUCACCGUGACGAUAGCGGAGAAGCCGAUCAACAGUCUGAGAGAGCUGGCCAACCAGGACCCAAUCAAACCGCUCGUCAAGUUCGGCAGCAACCUCGACUCCUUGUUCAUGGACGCUGAGAGCGGCCUGUACAAGGAGAUAAAGACCAAGAUGCAGGGCGGGCCCAGGGUGCUGGAGAACACGGUGGCGCUGGGCUACGUGGACAAGGGCACAGCGGCGUUCAUGACGGACCGCUCCCAGCUGGAGUACAUCGUGCUCAACGACUGCGAGAAGUACGCCCUGGCAGACGAGAUCUUCAACACGGCAGGGCUCGGUUUCAUCGUGCCCGAGAACGCGCCCUACCUCGAGGCGUUCAGCUACAGCAUAAUGAAAAUGCAAGAAGCUGGGCUGAUGGACAAGUGGAAACAGAAAUGGUGGCCAAACGCGGACCAGUGCAGUGGCUCGGACCGGACCAGCAGUGCAAAGGUUCUGGGUCUGGACAGUCUGGCAGGACCGUUUAUAAUCUAUCUCGCCGUGGUGGGGACCGCGUUUUCAUUUCUCUUCUUUGAGGUCGUUCUACGGUCCAGACCGGUCCGCGAGCUGUGGCUACAUCUCAAGAACUUUGCCACGCCCACGGAGAAGUCAAACAGAGCUGAAAAGAAAUAGGCCUAAGCUCUUCUUUUUUUUGUGCAGUGGCACGCGAAAUAAAUUGUUUAUUAAAAUGUAGUGAUUGAUGAAUAUAAAGCUGUAAAUAUUUUAUUAAAAAGGU